UUUGUAUUCGUGCAUUCUAAAGCCAUACAUUGUGUUUACUGUAAUUGUAAAAGACAGCGCUGAUGCUGGGCAAAACACCAGAUUCACAUCAAGUAUUCCUGUGAAAGGUGUAAUUAAUAAUUCAGGAGGAAAGAUUACCCCCAAUAUUCAGCCAGAAACAUGGAGAAGUUGGAGCAUUCAGCAGGAAGGCUUCCAAGAUACCAAAUUGGAAGCUGUGGAGGUUUCAUACAGCAAAAAUCAAGUGGUACAAAAUAAAGAAGCUGUCAACAAUGGUAUAACUGCAAGUAUAGAGAAUAUCCCUGCUCUGGACAGACAUGAUAUCAAUCACAAUCAGAUACGAACUCGCCUUCGGCACCUCGAAUGUGAGCUUAACACAGCUCUUGAUUCCUUGAGGUCUAAAAGAGAAGAGUAUGUAUUAGACAAGGUUAGUGAAAGCUCCUCCAAUGAUUUGCAAAACCUUUCUGAUGCGUGGGAGUUCCAAGAGAACGAGUACAUGAAUGCCCAGGAGAGAUUGCGAUCAAUACGAGCAAAACUUGCUGUAUUAGAGGGGAAAAUGGCAUUAGCAAUAAUUGAUGCACAGAGGAUAGUGGAAGAGAAGCAGAAGAAGAUCAACGAUGCCCAUAAAGCUUUGCAACUUCUUCGUACUGCCUGCAUAGUUUGGCCUAAUUCAGCUUCAGAGGUUCUCUUAGCGGGUUCUUUUGAUGGUUGGACAACUAAGGAUUGUGCUAACAGAUACCUAGCUCCUUGUCUUUUAGCUAUAAUCAUAGAUGAAUUCACAAGACACACCAAAGAUAAGAUUCGUUG